AUGCAGCUGUCACUCAUCACCCUUGCCUCCCUGGCGUCUGUCGCCAUUGCCUCCGCCUCUGUUGAGGAGCGUGACUUCUGGCCUGCUCACAUUCCCCUUGCCAAGCGUGCCGUAAGUGGUGCUGAGUACCAGUGCCACGCCAACUGCGGUUACACCAUCCUCAAUGCCCAGCAGAGCGGCUACUGUGACGACUCCCAAUGGAAGACCUACUACCAGGGAUGUAUGGAGUGCGCCUACACCUACAAUCUCUGGCCCGACUAUGGUGAUGGUGUUACCUCCGCCGCUAAGAGCUGUGGCUUGACUGUUUCGCCCAGCCCAUCUAGCGGCUCCUCGGCAGCUUCCUCUACGGCCUCUGCUCAGAGCUCCGCUGCUCAGACAAGUGCCGCCCAGACCAGUGCAGCUCAGACCAGCGCAGUUCAGACCAGCGCAGUUCAGACCAGUGCUGCCCAGACCAGUGCCGCCCAGACCAGUGCUACCCAAUCUAGUGUCCGAUCUUCUGCUGUUCAGUCUAGCUCUCUGGCUGCCUCUGCCUCAUCUGCCGCUGCUAGCUCUUCUGGCUCUGUCUCACAUGCCACCACACCUGCAGCCUCUGCUACGACUCUGGUUAGCACCACUCCCAGCCUUACUCUCGGCAGCAACUCGACCACCUCUUCCACCUCAGUUCCCACCGCUGGUGCCGCCAAGAACUUUGGCUCAAUCUUGGUUGCGGGUGCCGCGGUCUUCGCUGCUGUGAACAUGAUGUAA